AUGAAUGAGACACGGCUCUUAGAGACGUGGUAUGGGAAGUUCAAUAGCGAUGGCAAGAAUCGAUCCUCGAGCGUCGCGCAGCAGGCUUACGAGGCUGCUGUAGACCGUUUUUGCAGUGUUCUCAGUCAUGAUGAUCGGAAGAAGCUGCUAGCUCGGGAGGCGAACAGCAUCGAUGGCAUCCGUGAUACUCUGAAUUCGUUUAUGGAGAUGAAGAAGAUGAUGGCUGAGUUCCAAGCGAUUAACUCUAGUGCCGCCAUCGACACAAAUCAACGGGUAACAGAUAUCCAAUUUUCGAACAUCGUAUCAAGCGUGUCUUCGUCCCCAUUGGGAGACUACAUGAAGACAUACCAGCAUCUCAUGCUCCUGGCAAAGCGUGCGAUCAAGGGCUCAUUCAGCAAUCGACUUGCAAUGCGGUACUUCUGUGUUGCGAUCGUGGAACAAUUGCAGCAGUCAGGCAUUACCAUCCUCUGGGCAUUAAAAAACACAGCGAAUCACGACAACCCUUCAAACGAGACACAAAUUUCCUCCGUAGACAUUUUGAAGAAUCUGACCCUACAGGCUCUGAAGGCGGGAAGAGCCUUCACUCAUGAAAAGCCCCUUUCAUUGACUUGCUCUCGAUUUCACACUGCCACUACGGGUGAAGAGUGGUUUCAAAUAUUCGAAUCUGUGGUUACGCAGCUCAGCGGUCCUGUCUUCAUCAUCAUCGACCUUCAGGUUCUGCACACUGCCAGCCUCGAAGCGGAAAAUUUCAAUUGGGCGAAUGCGCUUCUGUCAUUUUUGGAAUCUACCUCGCAGCGCGGCAUUCGGACAAUAUUCAAGCUCCUACUUUUCGGAUAUGGCCCAGCGGUCUCGUCUCAAACAGCUGGUUUACAGGUUGCUAACACAACUGUGAAAAUGAAACCUGCGCGAGGGUUGAAGCACAAGAAUACUCCGAAGAGAAGGGUUGAUCCUGUGAAGAUAAGACAGUCUUGGUUGAAGAAGACUUGA